AUGCCGAAAGAUGACCCAGAAACUGCUGCCCUUAAAAAGGAGUUAAACGACAUUAUCGGCAAAUGUAAGGCAGAACAGGAGAAAGUCGCAGAUGCAAAACUAGCCGAAAAAUGUGGAGAUAUGAGUGAUGUGCCCAAGAUUCGUCUUAUGACUAAAAAAACUUUGAAAGGCCACAUUAAUAAGGUUAACUCCGUACACUACAGUGGAGACUCCAGGCAUUGCGUAACUGGCUCUUUGGAUGGUAAACUUAUCAUCUGGGAUACUUGGAGCGGCAACAAAGUGCAAGUAAUACCCUUGCGCUCGGCCUGGGUGAUGAGCGUCGCCUUCGCUCCCUCGGGAAAUUUCGUCGCGUGUGGUGGUAUGGACAAUAUGUGCACGGUUUACGACGUGAACAACCGAGACGCUACAGGGUCAGCGAAGAUGGUGCGUGAGCUGGCCGGCUACGAGGGUUUCCUAAGCAGCUGCCGAUUCCUCGACGACACUCACAUACUUACUGGCUCCGGUGAUAUGAAGAUUUGUGUCUGGGAUCUGGAAGCCGGCAAGAGAGAAGUUGAAUUCGAUGCUCACGCAGGAGACGUUGUCACCAUAUCCUUAGCACCAGAUAUGAAGACGUAUGUAACUGGAUCCGUUGACAAGACGUGUAAGCUGUGGGAUGUAAGAGCUGAAAAGGAGAAGCAGACUUUUUUCGGACACGAGGCCGAUGUAAACAGCGUUUGCUACCAUCCCAGUGGUCAAGCGUUUGCCACAGCUUCUGAGGACAAAACAGCUCGCCUGUUCGACAUUCGUAGCGAUCAGCAGAUUGGACACUACAAGCCACCUGGAGCCAGUGGCUUUACUAGUUGCGGAUUGUCUGUGAGUGGUCGUUAUCUCCUUGCUGGCUCUGAUGACAAUACUAUACAUUCCUGGGAUACCAUGAAAGUCGCUCAUACGGGAACAUUGAAUGGACAUGAAAACAGAGUGACAUCGAUUUCUUUAGCUCCGAGUGGCAUUGCGUUGGCGAGCUGCUCCUGGGACCAGAGCGUCAGAGUUUGGGGUUAACUUACUCAAAACUAAACACCUUAAACGUAUAUUUUAAGUAAUAUCAUGUAUUUUUAGCAAUAUAGCUAUUUGAUUUCA